UUUCAGGAAGGCGCUCAUUACACUGCGAGAAAGCGGAACGGUAACUCCUGUGCAGAAGGCCGGUAGCCAUUUUGUUUCUUCUGUUUUUCCUUCUUCAGACUGAAAACUCGAUUAACAAAUACGGGAAGUGCACAAUAAAUCUGCCUUUCCUUGAAAAACAAGUCAGUGGCCAAGAUGGCGUCGAUGCAUAUGCGAGGAGUACGCGCGGUGCUGCGUGUCGUUGGGAUUCUGGGAGCUGUCAUAACUCUAGUGGCCAGCACGGGGAACAUCGUGCAUCUCAGCGUGCAUCCCAAGGACAAGGUACCGCUCGGCGCUUCGAUCACCCUGACGUGUCAGGUGGAUAACGCUGGGUACGGCUCUGGGGUCAGGUGGUACCUGAACGACGUGCGUGUGUUCGGCUACCGUUCCGGACUGCAGGACGCCAAUGACCGAUACAGAGAAGAUGCACCCAUUAUGGGGACAUGGAGGUUCAUGAUCGCAUCUGCGCAGAACGAGGACUCUGGCACGUGGCGUUGCGAGACCGAGUUCCCGCCGCCGAACUCACUGCGGUCGUCCCGCAAACAGAUGCAGCUGAAAAUAGGCGUUCCAAGUAUUCUUAGCCUAUCGAGGGACAUAGAGACAACCCUCAGGUCCUAUGUUCGACUUCAAUGCAACGUGUCAGCGGAACCCGAUGCCUCUGUGAUGUGGCGUAAGGCCACACCUCAGCCAUCCCUACCGUCAAGUGCUAGCAUCGACCCCAUCACUAACGCCCUCAGCUUCAGAGUCAUGACAAUCAAGGAUGGGGGCGUGUACGAGUGUGUGGCUACCAAUGUACUGGGGACUGUUGUCGGUCGCGUGAUAGUCAAUGUUAUCCGUUCCCAGAUGUUAACAAAAAACAGCCUAAACACGGCAACGAAAACCUCAGCCUCUUUGUGUGACGCUCCAGUUAUCGACACCGCCCUCUCGGACGACCGGGUGGUCAGUUGGAUCAAUCUGCCGGUCAACCUGACCUGCGCGUGGAGCGCCUACCCGACCCCUCGGGUCAGUUGGGACAGGAGCGGGGUCAUGGUGGAUCAGACCCGGGUCAGGACGUAUACCAGUGGCAGCAUCAGCGUGUUACAGGUCAGUCCUACAACAACAGACUUUGUAACUUACCGCUGUUUCGUCGACAACAAUCGUGGUAGAGCGGUACACACUGUUGCGCUUGAUGCCGCUGCCACGCCCAGCGCUCCAGGCAACGUCCGUGCUGGGGCUAUUACCCAUGACACCGUGACCCUACUCCUAGAUCCGCCACAAACCAACGGUGGCCUUGCCGUGACGGACCACCGAGUCGGCUACCGCGAAACCAACGUGUUGGGCCUACGAUGGAAAGUUGUUGAAUUUCCAAUUGGCCAGAAUACCAUCAUAACGGGUCUGAAACCAGACACGGAGUACCUGUUCAAGGUAGCGGCUGGCAACGCAGUAGGCUACGGCAAUUACUCGGAUGUAAUCAGGAUCUCCACGCCUAGACAAUACGCAUCCAGUCCAGGAAUGACUACCUUCUACCCCAAUGUAACGCAUACCACGUCCAGUUUCUGGCUGCAUAACGACACCUUCACGCACAGCACAGACGCCGACAACACCACAUCCGAGACGGACUUCGAGUCGGGCUUUCACGGGCCGUCCCCCUUCGCCAUCGUCAUUGGCGCAUUGGUGGCUGUCUUCCUCAGCGCGGUGCUCAUCUUUCUGAUAACAUCCCUGCGGAUUUUCAAUUGGCACAAGAAACGACCGACAGAGGAGCAGCAUCUCUGCCGGAACCGACCUAAUUCAAUAUUCAGCGACGCUUCGCUGUUCCAGUUGAGAAAUGAUAGCGUGCAAUAUGACGUGAUGCCCAUGACCUGUGGCCCCGGGCUUCUACGGGGUGAAUUCGAGUUUCCACGGUACAAGCUUGUGUUUGGUACUGUCCUGGGCACUGGGUCCUUCGGUAAGGUCGUCCGGGGCGAGGCUGACGGUAUACUGAGAACGGGAGCCAAGAGCGUGGUCGCCAUCAAAACACUGAAAGAAAACGCCACCCCAAAUGACCACCAAGACCUACUGAAGGAACUCGGCGUCAUGAAGAUUCUGAAACCUCACCCAAACAUCGUGACGCUCUUCGGGUGUUGCACCGGAGAAGAUCCUCCUUUGAUCAUCAUGGAGUACCUCCCGAACGGAAAUCUCUUGCAACAUCUCCGUAACAGCCGGCAACGCGUGGAGGAUGCGGAGACGCACCGAGCGAGCAUCCGCACCACCAUGUCACCAACGGACCUCAUACGAUACGCGUACGAGAUCGCUAAUGGCAUGACGUACUUGGCAUCCAUGAUGUGCAUUCAUCGGGAUCUUGCUGCCCGGAACAUUCUCCUGUCACGUGACGGUGUUUGCAAAUUAUCUGAUUUUGGAUUGGCCCGUGAUGUCGUCAAUGGAGGAAUCUACCAAAGAAAGACGCAGGGUCGUGUUCCAAUCAGAUGGAUGGCCCUGGAAUCUUUACUUGACAACGUGUACACCAUUCAGAGCGACGUCUGGUCCUUCGCAGUGCUCAUGUGGGAAAUUGUAACCAUCGGAUCGUAUCCUUUUCCGGGCAUGUCUUCCAAGAGACUCAUCAAGGAACUGCAGAGGGGUUAUAGAAUGCCUAGACCAGACCACUGCAGUGGAGACGUGUACGACAUGAUGAUCGAUUGUUGGAGAGAGAACCCGGCCAGCCGGCCAACCUUUGAGAAUCUGAGAAACAGACUGGAGGCAAUUCUCAUCGAAUCCAGAAAUUACUUGGUCCUGGACUUUGAUGAGCACCUUUACGACUACACGUACUCUGGCAGCUCAGACGGCGUAGAUAUUUAAUGUUGCACGGUAUUGAUCGUCCUUCCAAAGUUGAAACCAAUAUUUGUAAAUAAGUAGAUCAAGUCAUCCAAAGUUAUCGCAACUUACCAUAGGUCUUCACAAGUCAUUUAAUAACAAGUCAGGUCAGAAGAUAUACUGUUACAUAGAAUUGCUUAGCCGUAAUUCAUUCUCUGUAAUUCAUUGUCUAUUUAUAGACUUUUGACUGACCUGUUAUGGACGUGUACCCGACAUGAUUGUGAUUCCAGUGCACAUCUCCCACAUAGGGAAUUUACUUUCCAAGUGUCCGGACGCGCCGCACAGACUGUAAAUUCAGUGUAUAAAUUGUAAAUAGCACGACAAAAGAUAAGAAUUUCGAUUUAACAAAUUGAUGGCUUGUAGUCAUUGUAGGCAAUGCUAAUUUAUUUAACAAAAUGUGAUAUUCCCUCAAUAUGUACUUGUUAAUAGUUAUGUUUAUCUACAGGGUGAGUAAAAAAAAUCCGAAACCCAAAUGGCUGGACCAAUUUUUGAAUGAAGUUUUGCCUGUAGCACUUUCAAAAUCUAAGAUUAA